GAUAACAGUUUAUUAGUAAACCUUUUGCUGGGACUACAGGUGCAAAACUGUUAGCAUCCAUCUACAGUUUCGAGCAAGAGCUCGUUAGUGAACCUAUUGCUCAUACACAUAAAUAUGAUGCGCUUCGAAGCUAGCAUAUCGCAGCACCGUUACUGUCGAGGCUUUCUGAUCGGCGGGCUGUCCCUGGCACGGCGCCAAGUGCACCCGGCCACGCCUCAGCAGCGGCAGCAGCGUAACUCCGUCCUCGCCUGCAGCAACACGGAACCUCAGCGACAUGAUGGGAGCCUACAGGCCCCAAAGCAGCAGCCGCUGCUGUUGCCGCCGGCUCAGCUGCGGAAGGCGCUGUGCUGGUGCUCCGCCGGGCUGCUCGUGCUGCUGCCUGUCGGCGCCCCUGGCACGCCAGCUGCCCACGCCGCCACAGCCGCCGCAGCCACUGCUAGCCCCGCCUCCGGCCUGACCUCCCUUGUCUCAGGGCCCAGCAGUGCAUCCGCCCCAUCCAGCAGCGGCUCUGGCACACGGGCCUUCGCCUCCAACGCAGCUCCAGCGGUCGCCGCCGACUCGUCGGACGCCAGCACCGCCAGCGGGCCGGGCUGCGGCUCAGACGGGCUGUGUGGGGGCGAGGUGAAUGGCACACUCAACACGUGCGGCCUUAGCGCCUUCAGCUGCGUCAGUGUCAUGAGCGAUGACGCGGAGCACUUCGUGGCGCCCUGGGAGUACGAGCUGCCGGGCGGGCGUGAGGCGGCGGUCGAUGCGCUGGUGGCGGUGGCGACAGGCGGCGCCUACGAGCCCGUGGGUCUGUCCAGCCAGCCCUACGUCACCAACGGCUACUCCCGACUGGACGCGGCAGCAUACAUGGUCAAGAGCGCAGCAAGCGCAGUGACGGGCGGCCCCGCACCUGAGCGGCCUCAGCCCCUGCGCGACCCGCGCGGCUUCGUGCCCUUUGACGGCGUGUUGGUGGACCGACACACCACUGCUGACGGUGGCAUCUAUGUGCGCAUCGUGUUCGGGAGCCAGCAGCCGGGCCAGGGCCAGGGGGCGGCGGCUGGGGGCUCGGCCUCGUCGGUCCCAGCUGAGGCUGGCGGGCAGCUGCUGGACGCCGAGUUCCUGUUCCCACAGGGUGACAGCAUUGUCACGUUGCGGUGCGCGGAGCGGGCUUCAGGCGCAAGCAUAGGGCUGGAGGGAGUCAGCGGCAGUGGCAUGAUGGCGGCGGCGGCGGCAGGCGGUGCCGGCGGCGAGGCCGAGUCGGAUUCCGCUGCCGGAUCGAGCGGCAGCGGCAGUGGCGGGCGGCUGGUGCUGUCGUUUGACAGCGGCCUCACGUGGGACACCAACACCGCGCGCAGGCAGCUAGAGUCUCUGCGUAAGGCUCUGCGCUGGCAGGUGGUGCCGGUGGUUGCGGAGUUCGACCCCAAGUUCAACAAUGACAAGCCCCUCUGGUUUGAGCGGCUGUACACGCCGUUCAGGGGCGUGGGCGCCAGCAUCCGGGGCGCGGCGGUCGGCGGCGCCGGAGGUGACCCACUGCUCGACUGAGCGAUGAGUGGUGGUCGGGGUGGCGGUGGCCAUGAGCAGUGGUAAAAGGGCCUACUGGGAGUCUGCAUGGACACAGCGUACGGUGGGCGGAACAGCGCGAUGGGCGAGCCCCAAAAGCAUUAUAAGGUGAUCGUUGCAUUGAUGGACAAGUAUCACUGCUACAGAAAGACAAAGUAUGGAGGAACGGUGCGCACAAUUUCAGGCAGACGCCGCAAGGCCGCGUGAUCCUGUUAAGACUGUAAAAGAAAUUGAGC